AUGCACAUUGGAGUUUUCCUUCAUCUCUUGGUAGCCGGUUUCACCUUUUUCGAAUUGGGGUACGUUAGUAGUCCAUAAUUCACGAAAGAGUAACUUUCGCUGAACUAUUCCUUCAGUAGGAAUGAAAGGAAGCCUCAUUUUUAAUAGUGAUGAUUGCUUUACAAGCGGGCAUACGAUUCUGUAGAAGAUAUUUGACCUUAAAUAGCUUUAAACCAUAUCCAAAAUAUGGGUUUUCUGCAUUUAAUUUUCAAAUAUUUUUGUCACUCUUUGAACCUUGUAUGCCUUCCUUUUUCAUGCUUUGUAAACGAGAUCUGCCUUGUUACCACUUAGCAACCACCUUGAAAACACUGAGAUAUCGGUUACUAUUCGCAAAGCAUGGUCCAGAACAAAGAACAGAGAAUUUAGUUGGAUGUUGUAGAAAGACAUAAGAGUAAAUAUUUCUACCCAUAUUUUUUGCGUUUUCGCAAAAAUUGCCAGGCUCUCUCCAAAAGCUGUUAUUUAAACUGAUUUGUGGAAACUAUUCCCAAUUUUGCGUCAAUUCUCUCUGACCCGUGCUACCACACGAUGAUGUCAAGUACUAGAAGCAUUUCAUACUGUUUGGUUUUAAUUACAAUCGUAACCCUCAUCACCUUUUAGGGUACCAUUCCACUGUGAAACUCAAACCUAGACCGAUAUUUUACAAAACUGUAUUUAAAGAACACGUAAACAUGUAUUACAGUGACCGUGUAACCGUAACAUGAGUCACUUUUAGGUAUGGCCAAAGCUUUUGCAACUGGAGUAGACGUAUAAUCCCAGGUGGAGCGACCGGAAACCUCACUGUGGAAGUGCCCCUAUACUAUAGUUAUCGGGUAAGUUCAGAUGUUGGCAAAGUAUGCACAAACCCAACACCUGUUUUGAAUUCAAAGAGCGCUUUUAGUUAGCUUGUCAGAAUAUGUUUCGAACAAUUAGGGAUGAAGUUUUGCCUAUGCCUUUUAGAGCGGAUACAUAAAUAAUGUGCCGUUCGGAACAUAUCCAUGGGCGAGGGGCUGGUGCACGUACAAACAGGACUAUUUUCGGUGUUCCUACGGAGAACGUAUGCUCCAGAUCUUACUUGAAUACUUUUUACGAAGAUUUGAUAUUAAUGCAAAAGGUUUUUCAGCAUAAUUAUUUGACCUAUUAUGAAUAUAGUACUCCCACCCAAGGACUGGACACGUACCUGUGUUAAUCAACCAACUGCGACCAUAGGAGCAGCUAAAUGGGACUCCCUUUCGUCACCAGUGCAUUUAACUGGUUUUUCUGAUAUAUUACUCUUUGGUAUACAACAACGUGGUGGGUGAAGAUUGACUGAAUGCCAGUAAAAUGAAUUAUCGAGUAACAGUUGAAUUCUACGUUGACUCUUUAAGCUGACUGAUCCUAUUUAUCGUCUUUCUCUUAAGGUGACGACAUAUACACAACUAUCAUUACGCUUCCAAAAGUGGAAACAAUUUCAUAUGUUAGGCUACAGGAUAGCCACCCAAUCACUCUUCACAGAGCGGGUGAUAAAUCAGUCCGUACGUUCGAUCGAUUCUUCCUUUUGACUGCACAUUCGAGUCUUCUCAUGUAUGCGUGCCCGUCAAAAAGACUGCUUCUCUGUACAAUUUUCUCAGACUUUUCUCUUUUAUAGCUGGCUUCUACGUGAAGAAGAGCGACCGUUUGGACAUCUGCUCGCAGUACUACACCAUCACUUUGCAGUGGCAUUUCAAUGGCAAUGAAUCUGACUUACAAAAUGUAAGCUCUGCGGUUGCUGCUGUCUGAUAUUUUAAAUUUGUGACGAAAUAACUGUGUUUUACUUUUUCAUAGGUUAGUUGCUACACCAACGGAAGGCUCUUUUGCAGUGGACUACAACCCUUUGAACUGAAGCAGUCUGAAAAAUGCGGUAAUUGCAACAUAAACUUUACCAGUUUAUCUUGUAAUAUUUAUCGUUCGCUCGGCAAAACUUUGGUAAAAGUAAAGCCUGUGUAGACAUCUAAAUUAAACCGUUUUGUUGCAGCGUAAGAUGUAUACUCACUGACGCUCAAAGUCUGUAUUUAUGAAGUCUCAACAUGAAUCCCUAUGCAAAUUCAGCUCUUACUAAGCGACUCUUAGAAUGUUUUUUAAUUGCUACAUUCGGAUACUUAUUUCCAUUUAAUGCUAAGUGUUCUAAAACGUUUAUUCAAAAUUCCCGCUAAAAAUUGUACAAACUAUGUAACAUUUUUCAGGCUUUCGUCCGGUUGCUGGCGGAAUACGCAUCGGAUAUGUGUUCUACAAACCACGAAGACGCUUCGGAUAUUACUACUGCUAUGCAGACAAAGACCUAACGAAAGCCCUGACUUACAUAGUCGACUGGAAUAGUAAGUUUAUGGAUGUCUUUCUAGUCUGUUUACAUAGUUUAAAUCAAUGCAGGACUUUCUUCAUAAGGGCGUACCGUUUUAUGUAUGUUAAACAAGAUUAUCUUCCGUCAACUUUAUUUAUAGGUUUUUUUUACUGAUACAGUACGUUAGGUUUCAGAUAGUACUUGAAGUGGCGUUGAAUAAGUCACGAUUUACGGCGCCUUCAGUUCAUCAACUAAAGGUAGUUUUGGCAGCGGUAUAGAGAAGGACCCCAGUUAACUGUCAGUAGACUACGGAUCGCGUCAUACGUGAUUUAUGGCAAAGAUGUUUUAUAGGUAGGGCAGCAUACUAGGCAGUAAGGCGGCAACAUGAGAGCAAGCACAUAAAUUGCCCGGACUUAUGUCGAAAGUCUAAUCGUACGCUAUUGUACGACAACGGAAAUGAGAGUAGUAAUUAAACAAUAAAAGAGAAACAAAUUUCGCACAAUAACAGAUUUAAGAUAUGAAGUUGUUGGGAAGUAAUCGUCGCUGGUAGUGCAAUUUCUGCAACGGCCUGUAAAUGUUCGCUAAGAUAAAGAACCAUAUGACACGAUACACAGUCCACUGACGGUUAAGUGGGGUCCUUCUCUAUUCCGUGGCCGCAGUUUUAUUGUAAGUUUGUAAAAAACGAAAAAUAUGAUACUCUCCAGACACAAUUAUUUAGUGGCAAGUGCCUGUGCUGUCUUUUUUACGUAGAUCGCCGUUUGGGCCAAACAAUAACCCCGUUGCUGAAAAAAAUGUGUUUCCGCAAAAACGUCAACGAAGAAUAUGCUUGAUAUCAAUUUAAAAACAUUCUCUAGUAAGGUUCACGGCAAAACCAAGAAAACGACUUAAAAUCCUUGGCCGUUAUUUCCACUUUUCUCAAAAAUACAGGUAGAUUUUCCGCCGUAAAUCGGGCGCAAUUUGUCCUCAAAUGAGUGAGAUCGUACCAAUUUCCUACGGCACAACCGUGCAUAGACUGACUGUUAUACAGUGUGUGUAGUGGUGUUAAUGUUUCUAACACUUACAAUAAUUCGUUUAUCUGUUUAUUUCUAGUACAUCUCUCCAGUUGUUUUAUGUUUCCUCUUUAAAAUUAUUGUCAUAUUCUACUUUAUUGUAACAAAGAGGGCGUUCAAAGUUUCAACACUUACCUUUUACUCAAAUAACCUGAAAUUAAAAUAUGACACCCUGGCGUAACUAAGAUACCUUGGGGAUAUGCAGCAUAAAGAUCGAUACUACAACUUAUUGAAGUGUUUCAUUCUAAUCAGGAAAAUAUUUCAGAAUCCCCUUUAACAGGUUGUGAGACAGACCAAAUACUGCAAUUUGGAAUGCGGAUUUACUUAAGUGUCCGACUUCAGAUGAUCUGCGCGCGCCAUUAAUGGCCUUCAGUCUCGCAAUGGAAAAGUGUUUCUGGAUUUUUGUGCGAUGAAAUUUAAAAUGUACAGUGCGUGAACUAUCUCAUGAAAUGUUGGCUGAAAUUCUGAAAUGCGUUUUCGAUUAGGAAGGACUACUUGGUCGCGGUUGUAAUACUGAUUAUUUUGUGGCAUAUUCUUAAAACAUUUUGGACUCGGCAGGAUGUCGACUUUAAAAUGCACUUCUUUUCAAUCUCCUGUAGAAAGCGUGCUCGGUAAAAAAAUGACUACUUAUUUAGCAUGCAUUUUUGUUAUUGAUUUUUGAUGGUUUUGGAAAUUCAAAUAUAUUUUAUAGACACCGCAAACAAAAAUAUACUUUCUUUUAGUCAAUCAAUAGAGAAUCGCGUUUUCUUUAUAUUUUAUAACUUAAGGAAGGAGUAUAAUUAGGCUUUAAAAAAGAUUCUAAUUAUGAGACUUCUUAAGACCGCGAUAUGUCCAUUCACAUAACAUCGUACCUGGCCGUUUACCACUGCUCCUCAUGAAAUGUUCAACAUGGUCCACAUCCAUUGCAAAACUUUAUGGACCCUGUAUGAUAUUCCUUUAAUGACAUAGAAAAAUAUGGGAUUUUCUUUACGCGGAACGCAUGCACCUUGUAGAGUGUAAUCACUAAGCGCUAAUGCAACGAGUGAUCAGGCUUCAAAUUUUUCGGCCAUUGGAAAACUUUUUUAAAACCUAAUUAUACUCCUUCCUUAAGUAUAAAAUAUAACAAAGACGUGAUUCUCUAUUGAUUGACUAAAAGAAAGCACAAUUUUGUUUGUGGUUUCUAUAAACUAUAUUGGAAUUUCCAAGACCAUCGAAAAUCAAUGGGGAAAAUGCAUGCUACUUAAGUAGUCAUUUGUUACCGAGCAAGCUUUCUACAGGAGAUUGAAAAGAAGGGCAUUUUAAAGCCGACAUCCUGCCAAGUCCAAAAUGUUAUAAGAAUGCAUGCUACUUAAGUAGUCAUUUUUUACCAAGCACGUUUUCUACAGGAGAUUGAAAAGAAGUGCAUUUAAAAGCCGACAUCCUGCCGAGUCCAAAGUGUUAUAAGAGUAUGCCUUAAGAUAAUCAGUAUUUCAACCGUGACCAAGUAAUCCUUCCUAAUCGAAAACGCAUUUCAGAAUUUCAGCCAACAUUUCAUGCGAUAGGUCGCGCAAUGUAGUUAAUUCAUUAUCGAUGUCGCUCUGAUGAGGUUUUUAAUCAUGCCUACCAUUCACGGUCAUCAGUCCACAUUUCCGUAUAUAUACGCCAGACCAUGCAUUGGCUCAUUGGCGGUAUUAUUUACUAUAAUCAAUGCCUCCUUUGCAACUAUUGUAGAUGCCACGAGAACGAGAGACGCAUCCGUUUUGGCAAAGUCAAUUGGCAAUAUUCCAAAAGCUUCACCCAUAACAACUUCCGGUACAGAACUGAUACUGUGUAAGUUAGUGAUGAAAUACCUUCUUGGGUGGUGUGCUCCUAAAAGCAGUCAAAAUCACGAAAAACCGUCACUUAAUGGUGAGAAAACGACCGACAUCAAAUGCAUGCUAAAAGAUUAUGAUAGGCUAUACAUGGACUGUGGAAAACUUUUGAAUUUAUGGGUGCACACUGACAGAGAAUAUUAAAAUAACGAACGAAAACAAUCUUGCCAGAACUGUAGAUAAUCUUUCAAAGAAAAAAUAACACCUGUUUCAGGUAUUGAUAUUUUCGAGAACGUAACCCUUUUUAUUAUUUGUAAACCCUCCAGGCAAGAUUUCGUUGGUCUGGACGUUGCUGAUUAGUGCUAUGAACUGCGCGCCAACUUAA